UGCGGAGGUCAUGAGGAAGUCAAGAGGAGCACUUUUCCCGGAAGAGAAACUCUGCAAAUGGCUGACUCAUCUAUUGUUAGCUUUGGAGCAUCUCCAUUCCUACCGCGUUCAUCAUAGAGACCUCAAGUUAUGUAACAUAUUCAUCACAAAGGACAACAACAUCAGGUUAGGUGAUUUUGGAUUAGGAAAAUUGCUAGAUACAGAAGGCCUUGGUUCCUCGGUAUUUGGCACACCAAACGACAUGUGCCCUGAGCUCCUUGCUGGCAUACCCUAUGGCUAUAAAUCUGAUAUAUGGUCGGUUGGAUACUGUAUGUUUGACAUUGCUGCACAUCAACCCCCGUUUAAAGCUUCUGACAAAACUGGACUUAUCAACAAAAUAAACCGGGGUUUUUUCUCACCACUUCCGAUUAUAUACUCCUCCACCUUGAAACAGAUAAUAAAAAGCAUGCUAAGGAAAACUUUAGAACACCAACCUAUAGCUGCCGAUCUGUUGAGACAUCAAUAUUUGGAACCAUACCUCCUCUUGUGUCACAACCCUUCAUCUGCGUUUCUUCCUGUGAAGUCCCCGAGCAGAACGAAAGAGAAAACACGACCAUCACCUGGAAAAUCUAUCAGUCCGAGAGGUAGAAGAGAUAGAAAGUUGAAGCUAAAAGAGAAGAGAACUGUCCUUUACUUUGACGAAAGUGAUAACAUUCAGCCAAGAAACUUAUCUGACAAUUAUAACACGGUCCGAGCCAAACUUGACACUAAGAGAGUCGAUCCAACAAGCUACUCGGUUAGGAUCUCUCAAGAUAGUGAGGAUUCUAAAAGUGGGAAGAUGAGUGAGGAAACUGAACAAGAGCAUGUUUCUCCGGAGAAUGAUAGUCGAUUUGACGAGGGUGAUACGAAGAAUAACAAGACAAAAGAGCUUGAGGUGGAAUGUAUCUCCGCAAAAUCUAGCAGAAUGACAUUGUCUGAUGGAAGAUUCAAUGAUAAAACACUAUCCUUCGAUGAAGAAAGCACUUCAUCUAAUUCACAGUCGGCAAAACCAGAUCCAGAGGCAGCACCAAGAUGCUGUGUUGCUGAAAUUGAAAAUGGUAGCGAGUGUAGAGAAGUUACGAUUGACUGCUUGUCAACUGAAAGCGAUGGUUCACUUCUACACAAAGAAGAGCUAGAAAAGAAAGCAAUCGCGGUUUAUGACACCAAACAGGCUAAGAAAGACGCUCUUCGAGCACUGGAUGAUAAGGUUUCGCAGCUCAAGUCACUAGCAGCAUUAGCUAGUAAGGAGGAAAAAGACGACUGGGGUAAUCCCACUGAACAAAGAGCUAAAGCUUUAGAGUCUCUUUUGGAGGUUUGUGCGCGACUACUUAGGCAGGAAAAAAUUGAUGAGCUUGCUGGUGUGCUGAAACCAUUCGGGGAUGAUCGAAUGUUGUCUAGAGAAACAGCAAUCUGGUUGACAAAAUGUCUCAUGACUGCACAAAAGUUGUCCAAGGGGUCGUGA